AUGGUCAUCACAACCAACACGAUGUUCGCUCAAGUAUUUAUCGCAGCCCUUUUUGCUCUUGCAGCCGCUGAAAAUUGUCCAUCUGGUGGAGAAAUCUACGCCAGAGGAAUCAGCAACGAAGGUAAAAUUGCCGUGAUCAAGGCCCACAAUGACUACAGGAUCCAAAUCGCUAAUGGGCUGGUACCAAAUCAACCGCGUGGUGUUAACUUGCAGAGGAUGAUUUACGAUCAAGUUCUUGGAGAGAAAGGCAGAGUUGUAUCCGACACAUGCAAGAUGAACCACAUCUUAGCUCAAGAUGAUCGUUGGUGGUGGGUCGGACAAAACUUGUACAUCCAGUGGAGCUCUCAGAAGGACGAUGGAAGACAGGACUGGGAAACAGCUGUAGCCGGAUGGUUCAAUGAACACGAGGACUUCACCUAUCCCAACAUAUCAGUACCAGGAAAGAUGACCGGACAUUACACGCAAGUGGUGUGGGCCGAUAGCAAAUCUGUAGGAUGUGACUUCAUCUACUUUUACGAUGUUGAACAACCGCAAUACCCGUACGCCAAAUUGUACACUUGCAACUAUGGACCAGGUGGUAACGUCGGAGGACAAGUUCCAUAUGAGACUGGAACUUCUGGAUGCGAAGAUCUUUGCUGAUUUUACCAUAAUUCAUUGUAAAACUAUAAUCAAUAAAUUGUAACAAUUCAUUUAAAA